GCCGUGCUUUGUUAUCUGGGAUAGCUUCAUCCCCCCACUUUAGCAGCAAAACAUUCUCCGAAUUACAAAGCGCCACAUGAGCUGGUCACUUCGGGCAUCGCAGAGGCUGAGAUUACUCUUCCCUUCUCUUCAGACAAUACCGUCUUUUUAUAUCAAAUCUUGACAUUCGCAGCCAUGUCGUCAACGACGGAUACUAAGAACUACAAGUUCAACCACUCCAUGCUCCGAGUCAAGGACCCCAAGGAGUCCGUCAAGUUCUACUCCUUCCUGGGCAUGUCGGUGGUCAAGAAGCUCGAGUUCCCCGAGGCCAAGUUCGACCUGUACUUCCUGGGCUACGACUCGGCCAAGGCGGCGUCGGGCGGCAACAACGUGUGGGACCGCGAGGGCCUCAUCGAGCUGACGCACAACUACGGCACCGAGAACGACCCGGAGUACAAGGUCAACAACGGCAACGUCGAGCCCCACCGCGGCUUUGGCCACACGUGCAUCAGCGUCGACAACAUCCAGGCCGCCUGCCAGCGCAUCGAGGAGGCCGGCUACAGGUUCCAGAAGAAGCUGACGGAUGGGCGCAUGCACCACAUUGCGUUUGCGCUCGACCCGGAUGGGUACUGGGUUGAGAUCAUUGGGCAGAAGCCGCUGGAGGAGACGGAGAACGUCAAGGAGACGGAUGUCCAGACGUACCGGAUGAACCACACCAUGUUGAGGGUCAAGGACGCCGAGAAGUCUCUCAAGUUCUACCAGGAGGUGCUGGGCAUGUCGCUGUUCCGGAAGCAUGAGAGCGCGGCGGCCGGGUUUAACCUCUACUUCCUGGGGUAUCCCGGCGAGAAGGGCGUGCCAGGAGAGGGCCAGGGCACGGCUGAUCGCGAGGGUCUGCUCGAACUCACCUGGAACUACGGAACCGAGAAAGACGAGAACUUCAGCUAUCACGAUGGCAAUAAGGAGCCGCAGGGCUUUGGCCAUAUCUGCAUCUCGGUCGACAACCUCGAGGCCGCAUGUGCCCGCCUCGAGGCGCUCAACGUCAACUGGAAGAAGAGGCUGACAGACGGCCGCAUGAAGAACGUCGCCUUCGUCCUGGACCCGGACGGGUACUGGGUUGAGAUUGUCCAGAACGAGCGUUUCACGGGCAAGGCAAACUUCUGAGUGCCUACCACUUAUCUACACGCUUUGUAUGUGCAGUACAUAUGUACUUCCCCGCGAGCGGCAGCGGUGGUUGGCAAAACGAGGGCGCGUGAUGGAGUCUACCCAGUUUCACCGAUCCAAGG